AUGGCGAUCUGUACUUAUAACGCACGUACGUUUGCAUCGGAAGCGGCCAUCGAAGAUCUGAAGAUGCAAGCCAAGAAGAUCAAGUACGACGUCAUCGGACUGACCGAGACGAGACGACGUCAUCCUCUCAACGCCGUAUAUGAAACUGGAGAAGAACUGUUCUUAGGAACAUGCGACAGUAGAGGUGUUGGUGGAGUUGGCGUCCUCGUCAACACGAGUAUGGCAAAGAACAUCGACUCUUUUGAACAACUUACGACCCGAAUCGGACGUCUGCGGAUGAGAAAAUGUGGUCCAACACCAGUUUUGACUAUCUUCGUCGCUUAUGCUCCAACAUCAAGCUACGAAUAA